AUGAACGCGCUGCGGCACGAGCUCGAGACGCAGCGGGCGGAGACGCUGCGGUUGCAUCGCGAGCGACGCAUCGCGGACGACGCGCGCGCGGUCGCGGAGGAGCGAUGCGCGAUGUACGAGACGCGGUGCGAGCGGCAAGAGCGAGAGAUCUUCGCGCUCGAGCGACAGUUGGAGGAGAAGACGAACGGGGUGGAGACGGCGAUGAUGGUGGCGCGUCGACAGAUCAAGUGGCAAGAAGAGCGCUACGAGGCGCUGGCGAAAGAAGCGGAGGCGCUGCGGGAAGCGAUCGCUGCGGGUAAGUAA